AGACUCAUAACCUCACGUUAACGUUGGUGUCGCGUCGACCUGCUGAACUUCAACAUGUUCCACCGGUGUGUUUUCCUGUUGCUCGUCACCCUCUUUGCCGUCUCUCUGGCUGCUCCACUCCCAGAUGAACCAGAGGACAAGUCAGACUCAGGAGAACCUGAACCAUCUCCCAGUCCCACUGGUGAUGUCACUUCUGAGGAGACUGACGAAGAAAAACCUGAAGACGAUAAAGAUAUGACAUCAGAAGACAACUCUUCAGAGGAGGAACCGGCGGAGAGCAAGGAAGAAAGCAAAGAAAAUGAAGGUGACGCUGAGAUGACUGCUGAGGACACUUCUGAGGAGCCUACUGAGGACAGUCCUGAGGAGGCUACUGAUGAUUCUGAUGAGCCUACUGAGGAGCCUACUGAGGAGACAUCUGAGGACACGUCUGAGGAGGCUACUGAGGAGCUUACUGAGGACACUUCUGAGGAGCCUACUGAGGAGCCCUCUGAGGACACGUCUGAGGAGGCUACUGAGGAGAUUAAUGAGGAAACUUCUGAGGAGCCUACUGAGGAGCCCUCUGAGGACACGUCUGAGGAGGCUCCUGAGGAGAUUAAUGAGGAAACUUCUGAGGAGCCUACUGAGGACACUUCUGAGGAGCCUACUGAGGAGCCUUCUGAGGACGUGUCUGAUGAAAUUGCUGAAGAAGAUUCUCAAGAGGUUUCUGAGGAAGACGAGAAUGCUACAGAGGCUUCUGAUGAAGCAGUGGAAGAUGAUGAGUCCGACGAAGCUGAAGUCACCACCGCAGCACCAAAGGAUUCUGCCUAGACGCUCAGCCUCUGACCUGUGGAAGCUCCUCCCCCCAGCGCCUGCGGAAUACACUCGCCAUGACAACAACCAACUAAACUCCAUGUUAGCUUCAGCCUCCAGUUUCCUGUUCUUCCCGUCCUCAGCUUCCUGUCCAUCCCGUCGUCAGCUUCCUGUCCAUCCCGUCCUCAGCUUCCUGUCCAUCCCGUUCUCAGCUUCCUGUCCAUCCCGUCGUCAGCUUCCUGUCCAUCCCGUCCUCAGCUUCCUGUCCAUCCCGUCCUCUGCUUCCUGUCCAUCCGUCCUCAGCUUCCUGUUUUUCCCGUCCUCAGCUUCCUGUUUUUCCCGUCCUCAGCUUCCUGUUUUUCCCGUCCUCAGCUUCCUGUUCUUCCCGUCCUCAGCUUGUUCCUGAUUCGUUCUCGUUGUUUCCAAACUGGCUGCUUUACUUUUCAUUAAAAAAAAUUAUAAAAAUGAAUAAUGAACCCUGAACCUGUGUGUCUCUCUGCCUGUUUGUCUGCCAUCCGUCUAACGUAGAAACAUUAAAACAGCUGCUGAUCUCAGAUCUGCUGUGUGUGUCUGUGUUCAGGUGUACAUACAGUCCAUCGUUUACCUUACAAACGUUAAUUACUAUUUUUAAUAGAAGUGAUGUCAGCGAUAAUGAUUGUUUGUAAACAGAGGAACAGCUAAUAAAGUUUGAACAUGUCAGAAACUCAA